CAGCAUUCCUAAAAUUUAAAUGUCUCCAUUGGCUACGUGGCAGGUCAGACUCAUUUAGAAAUCUCGCACGGAACUCGAUGAGUCGUUUACAAGUUCCCAAUUCCCAUCUCCCCCUGCUCGCUCCGGUCACCUACUCAACCGCUAACCCUCUCCCCCUUUCUCUUAAGUACACCUACUGCCCUCCUCAAACCUAUUACCCUCUCUCUUCCUUACCCCGAAACCCUAAUUAUUUCUCUUAACCCCAAUCAAAUGUCCAUCUCCUCCGUCGCAAUCGCGCUGCUCAGAAAGCUCCACCACCGCCAUCCGCUCCUCCGCUACGCCGCCGCCUGGACGGCGCUUUUAACGGCUAUGGUUUUCCUGACUUCGUUCUCGCCGGAGAUGGCCUUCGCGUGGGCGCUAACGCCGUCUUCUCCGUUUGCCCGAUCCUGCCAGCGCGGGUUCGUUAGGCUCCCGGUGGACGGGCCGCCCGGGCCGGCGAUCUGUGUGCCGGCCCGACUAAUCGCCCCAUCCAAAGCCGACCUCAUCGUCCCGCCAGUUUUCGCCGCUUUGGUGGUUGCUGGGUCGGCCUGCAUCGUCCGGGCUUUGGGAUUGUGGGAUUUGGGUGAGAACGAUGAGGAAUUUACGUACCCUUACUAUUAAUAUUAAUCCGUCACAUAAUUUUUUUUUUUUUCGUGUUUUGUAUGUAAUUGAGCUGUUCAAAUAUUGGGCUGUUGUGAAGAAAUUGACAUCUAAAAAAAAAAGGAAAAAGAAAAUGAGAUAUUUGGAGACAGG